AUGGCGACGUCAAAUCUCAACCCCGACGAGCGGUCUUCGCUCUUGUCGCAGAAUCAAGGUUCGCAACGGACGGGUUAUCAAUCUACUCCGAACCACUCAGGAACGAACGGGGAAGACUCGGUAGCAUCUUCCACAACAACAGAAAAUGAAGCGGACGACCAUGUCAAGGUCAUGCCACCCAUGCGCAAGCUCGCGCCGCUCCUCACCGCCGUCUGGGUGCCCGUCUUUGUCGCCAGCAUGGACGGAACCGUCACUGCCACCCUCAUCUCAAGCAUCAGCAGCUCAUUCAACGCCUCCGAACAGGCUCAAUGGCUUGGCUCCGCAUACCUUCUCUCGGUCGCCUGCUUCACCCCACUCUACGGUCGUUUGGCCGACAUCGUAGGACGACGCAACUGCAUGUUCAUCGCGCUUACAUUUUUCACCGUCGGCACCUUGCUCUGCGGCACAGCCACUUCGAUGAACAUGCUCAUCUUUGCUCGUGCGCUUGCCGGUGUCGGCGGCGGUGGUCUGACGACAAACACGAGCAUCAUCUUGUCGGACGUGGUACCGCUCAAGAACCGUGGUCUCUUGCAAGGUCUGACCAACAUCAUUUUCGGAUUAGGAUCCGGUCUCGGUGGGCCUAUCGGCGGGUGGAUGAACGAUACCAUCGGAUGGCGACGUGCCUUUCUGCUUCAGGUCCCGCUGCUGCUUGCCGACUACGUGCUAGCGUUCGCGUUCGUCAGAGUCAAGACGCCCAACAGGUUGGUUCAGCAGUCGACGUCGGACAAGCUCAAAUCGAUCGACUUCGCAGGCGCCUUUUCGCUCGUUCUUGGUCUCUCCAGCACGCUCAUUUCGCUCAGCCUGAUGAGCGCCAACGAUGUGCCCUUCUCCAGCCCGACUGUGUGGGGUGGAUUCGUAUUUGGAUUCGUCAGCAUCUGCUUCUUCUUCUACGCCGAAGCCAAGAUCGCGCGUACACCUAUCCUGCCGCUCAGGCUCAUCACGCAACGCUCGGGAGCUGCCGUGGCCUUUGCCAACUUCUGCCUUUCGGUCGUCUCGUUCGGCACGCUCUACCAUUUUCCGCUCUACUUUCAAGCGGUGAAGCUCGAAACUCCUUCGAUGGCAGGUCUGCAUCUCAUUCCCAACAGUAUCGCGCUCAGCAUCGGUUCCGUGUUGGCCGGGGUGGUGAUGCGAAGUUCGGGUCGGUAUUACAAGUACAACCUAAUCAACUCGAUGAUCAUCACGGUCUCGAUCGUUUGCGUGACGCUGUUCACGAGAUCCAGCUCGGAAGCGUUCACGUAUGCUGCCAUCGUGCCGCACGGGUUCGGUACGGCGGGUGUGUUGACGUGUACGCUGAUCGCGCUCAUCAACUCGGUCCCACGAUCCGACGUCGCGGUUGCUACCAGCAUGUCGUACAUGGCACGCAACACCGGUCAGAUCCUCGGUGUUUCCGGUGGAGGCACCCUCUUCCAGGCUCUUCUCAAGCGACAGCUGCGACAGAGGAUCACGGGCAAAGGUGCGGACAAGAUCAUCUCGGAGAUUCGUCACAAGAGCUCCAUCGUACCGGACUUGCCCAAAGAGCUGCAGGAGGCGGCCAUCGAAUCGUACGCUUUUGCGCUCAGGUGGGUCUUCAUUGGCAUCGCAGUGGUCAGUGUUGGUACGGUGGUGGGCAGUGCGUUCAUCGAGGACAAGGAGUUGCCAUCGUAUGAGAAUGCCAAACCGACGGACGAGGAAGAGGAGCAGGCGGAAGGGGGAAAUCGCGAGUAG